AUGCGUUUCAUACCAUGUCUCCUUCUCCCUGCAGUUUCCCAAGCCAGACCCCCACCAAAUCAAAAGAAGGGUAUGUACUGCUACGUCAAAGUGUGUGUGUUAUUGAUAAAUGUUGUUAAAUGGGAAUAUAUGAACUAAUGCAUAUUGUGAUCCUGUUUCAUUGCAGGCUCUAGGACCCCCAUUGUCAUCAUUCCAGCGGCUACCACAUCCCUCAUCACCAUGCUCAAUGCCAAGGACCUCCUGCAGGACCUCAAGUAAGUAGGCUGGUGUGAGAGAGAGAGUCUAUAGGAAAAACUUGGAUAAAUCCUAUUGGUGUUCAGCCCUGGUAAGUCAUCAUAUCAAUACACGCACAGUAUUUAUGCUACUCUGUUUGUGGGGGUGGGUGUCGGUCAUUAUCAAUCAUUGAAUUGUCUUCUGCUUUGUACAAAUACAUCAAACAUAAAGUGCUAAAUAGGAAGCAGGUGAUUGACUGAGCAAAACCCUAUCCGUUGAAACGUGCACAUGUAUUUGUCUAAAGUGGUAAAAGUUUAAUUAAUAAGGUACAUGACCUCAAGUUGAGUUUUAUCCAAGACAAAUUCACAUUCUUAUUUGAUUUAUAACAAUACUUCACGAGUGAAGCUUACAAAAUGAAACACUGCCAUUGUUCGCCACCUCCACACCUCACAAAGGUGAAUUACACCGGCGUGUUCAUUGAAGGUGCGUACAUAAAUACACACAGACUUCACAUGAGUGGAGUAAUUGCUAUUUUGCAGUUUAAUUGGCGUCAUAAAUCACUGGAUGUCAUAAGAUGGUGGCGGCUCCGGCUGUGUGGAUGAGCAGCAUGGUGGUGUAGGGAGAGAGCACUGACGGCAGAACACAGGGUCUAUGUGGAUGAGCAGCAUGGUGGUGUAGGGAGAGAGCACUGACGGCAGAACACAGGGUCUAUGUGGAUGAGCAGCAUGGUGGUGUAGGGAGAGCACUGACGGCAGAACACAGGGUCUAUGUGGAUGAGCAGCAUGGUGGUGUAGGGAGAGAGCACUGACGGCAGAACACAGGGUCUAUGUGGAUGAGCAGCAUGGUGGUGUAGGGAGAGAGCACUGACGGCAGAACACAGGGUCUAUGUGGAUGAGCAGCAUGGUGGUGUAGGGAAAGAUUUAACCAGGGAGAGCACUGACGGCAGAACACAGGGUCUAGCUACCCACCCCCUGCUCUGCUCUGUGAACACAUGACCGCUCCUUUAAAACGCCCCCUGCUCUGUGAACACAUGACCGCUCCUUAGAAACACCCCCUGCUCUGUGAACACAUGACCGCUCCUUAGAAACGCCCCCUGCUCUGUGAACACAUGACCGCUCAUUAGAAACGCCCCCUGCUCUGUGAACACAUGACCGCUCCUUUAAAACGCCCCCUGCUCUGUGAACACAUGACCGCUCCUUAGAAACACCCCCUGCUCUGUGAACACAUGACCGCUCCUUAGAAACGCCCCCUGCUCUGUGGACACAUGACUGCUCAUUAGAAACGCCCCCUGCUCUGUGAACACAUGACCGCUCCUUAGAAACGCCCCCUGCUCUGUGAACACAUGACCGCUCCUUAGAAACGCCCCCUGCUCUGUGAACACAUGACCGCUCCUUAGAAACCCUCCCUGCUCUGUGAACACAUGACUGCUCCUUUAAAACGCCCCCUGCUCUGUGAACACAUGACCGCUCAUUAGAAACGUCCCCUGCUCUGUGAACACAUGACAGCUCCUUAUAAACGCCCCCCUGCUUUGCGAACACAUGACAGCUCCUUAGAAACAUUGCUACCAUAGCUGCACAUAGCUAUUGGCUACUAAGCCAGCCUGUUGCCUGAGGUCAUAGUGUCUUAAAAACAGGGUUGUUUUUAUUAGGGAUCUUGUUUAAUGAGCACUUGUUAAUGGCCUUAUCGUCCAAGAGAAUAAACAUAAGGAGGUCAAGAAACUGGUUCUCCUAAACGAAAGAGCAGGAUCUGCACAUUUGGUCAAGAAUAACUUACGGACAUUUUUGAUACAUUAAAUACUAGGUCUACGAAUGGCCAGGGCACUCACGGUACGUCUUAUUUUGUGUAUGGAGAGGCUAGCGUGCUAGCAGCUGCCAAGUUUCAAAACAGGCAAAAAACUGAAACAACCCUACGGGGGAUGUAUUUUUGUUGUUUUGUUAUGUAGGCUAUAGAUUUAGUGUGACUGGGAAAAGAUAGGACUUGUUUUUUUUUGUUAGCAUGCUAGGGAGACAACGGAGGGCUUUAAAGGUAGAGGCUGGAACGAAUGACGGCCAAGUGGAAACCAUUCAGACUGGGCUAUAAAUAAAAUAAGUGCUGGAAAUGAGUAAUAAGACUUCAUUAUUUGGGACAUUUAGUAACUUGAUCUUAUAAUCACACCCAAGUCGGCAACAUUUGUCCUCAAGAGACCACUACUACCAAUUCUUCAUAUGUAUAAAAUAAAUUCCAAAAACACUUUACUUCAUUAUUAGAAUUAAAAUGCCUUUGAGAUUUGCAUAUAUCCAUAAAGCUAUAGGUCACCUUCAUCAUCCCAAAAGAGACUUCUUUUUAGCUUUGCCCCCCUUUCUGAAGAACAGUUGAUAACAGUAAUGCAUCCUUGAACUUGGUUAUACAUGCGUCAGGGAUUAGAUUUCUCAGGAAUCAGUAAUUGCUGCUUUCCGACAUCCUCUCAUACUGCAUUGAUAUUGACCAAAUCCUAAAGAUGUGCAUAUCUCCCAUUGACAUAAGGCGAUUUUGAUUUUGACCAACACACAAACCAACCCUUUUUAAAUUUCUUUUUUUUUUAAAUCUCCAUUUUUACCUUUGUCUGUCAGGUUUGUGACCUCAGAGGAGAAGAAGAAGCAGGGCAUCCAGCGGGACAACGAGGUGCUGCUCCAGAGACGUAAGGACCAGAUCCAGCCCGGGGGGGCAACGCUCAGCGUCACCGUGCCCUACAGGGUCAUCGACCAGCCCCUCAAACUAGCGCCGCAGGACUGGUGAGUCACCACCACCGGACAUAUUUGUAAUCUUCCAUACAUAUGUUCCACUCUAUAUCAUCGAACAGCCCCGAGUCACCAUUCAUUAUUGUCCAUACAUACAUUUUACUCAGUAGGAGUCACCAGGACUGUACAUGACUACACAGGGCUCUAAAUUAACAUGUUUCAUUAGUAGCACUGGUGCGCCUAACUUAGAAAAGUUAGGAGUACCACACAAAAAUGUAGGAGCACCAGAAAAAUAUAUUUUUUUAAUUGAUUGAGAUAUUGCCUACAUUGGGCCUAUAGGAAUCCUACUUACUUUUGAAGCAGAUCUUUUUGAAGCAGGUAUCCAUUUUCCUUUCCUUCUGUGCCAUACCCACCAAAUGUUUGCAUAUACUGGUAAAGUUACCAGGUUGUUAGUAGGGCUGCACGAUUUGGGGAAAAAAAUCUAAUUGCGAUUUAUUAUUAUUUUUGAAACCAUAUAUUACGAUUUGACUUGUGAUAUAGAUCAAAACACUGGGGUGAACUGUUUGAAUCAUAUAAAUAUAAUUAUAUGGUUGGUGUUUGGCAUGACAACAGAUGAAAAAGCCAGGUAGGAGUUAUGUCAGGGUAGGAACCAAAGUGUUGGUCAGUGUUUCCCAUGGGACUCUAAUCACAUUUGAAUAGCAUUUAGACAAAGAUUUUAGAAUAGGCUAUCUGAUUCAGAACAUGCCGUUGCACAAACAACAUGCUGAUCUACACCACCACUAGUAGCAACCUGUAUUAGAGCUAACGUUUGCUUUGCCCUAGCUAUUACGUUUAGCUAAAUGGCAUUUAGCUAGCUAGUUAGCGAUUAGCAUUAUUUUCGGCACAUGCCAGCUUCCUUUAACGAACUCGUGUUUUGCAUAGAGCAAGAUACACAAACUAAUAGUAUAAUAGAGAAAACAUUCAUAUUUAGAAGCAAUGUGGAAAGCAGCAUCAUUCUUGUUUUGGAAGAAUGUGUGGAGUCCAUGAAUUGACAGCAUCCAAUUUGUAAGUCGCUCUGGAUAAGAGCGUCUGCUAAAUUACGUAAAUGUAAUGCUGAGAGAAUAAACAGCGUGGACGAACUGUGUGCUGCCUGCUUGAGUGGCGGGGGGCGGUGCUUGGUUUGUGUGGCCUGGGCACUAUAAACAAGCAGCCACGGGAGGCAGCCUGUCUUGUUUGAAUAGCCAUACACCGGGAGUCUCAAACCUACGGCCCCCUGGGCCAGAUGUGGCCUGUGAGCCGAUUUGUAUUUAAUUUUUUAUGCGACCCAUUGUUGUCUUAGUCCCAAAACAAAUUGCCACAUGGUACAUUUUGUAUGAUUUGGUUGUAUUGGGUUUCUGAGGCUUAUAAAUAAGCAAUAAGGCCAGAGAAGGUGUGGUAUCUGGCCAAUAUACCACGGCUAAGGGCUGUUCUUAGGCACGACGCAGUCCAGAGUGCCUGGACACAGCCCUUAGCCGUGGUAUAUUGGCCAUAUAUCACACCUUCUCUGGCCUUGAGGUGCCUUAUUGCUAUUAUAAACUGGUUACCAACAUAAUUAGAGCAGUAAAAAUAAAUGUUUUGUCAUACACAUGGUAUACAGUCUGAUAUACCAUGGAUGUCAGCCAAUCAGCAUUCAGGGCUCGAACCACCCAGUUUGUAAUAAUAAUUUGGUGGGUGCUUAUGUGUCCUAUUUCACACAUGUAAAAGUGUGUAUUACUACGCAUGUGUGAAUUGGAAAAGUUUUUUUAUUUUUUCUUCAUAUUCCAACUCCCCCUGAGACGCCCUCGGAGAGUGGGGUCACGGCCAGGUUCUGCCAUUAUCAACGGCGACCCUGGAGCAAUUAGGGUUAAGUGCCUUGCUCACGAGCACAGCGGCGGAUUUUUCACCUUGUCAGCUCGGGGAUUCGAACUAGCAACCUUUCGGUCACUGGCCCAACACUCAGCUAUCUGCCGCCCCUUGAAAAAUUCACCCACAAUCUGCAAUCAGAAUGUCUGCCAGGGUUAGAAAGUUGAUAUUGACUUUGUGUUGUGCAGGGAUCGUGUGGUGGCUGUGUUCGUGCAGGGCCCAGCCUGGCAGUUCAAGGGUUGGCCUUGGCUGUUGCCUGACGGAUCUCCUGUGGACAUUUUCGCUAAAAGUGAGAUUCCUCCCGUUUCUCUUCACUUGUUUUUAUACACACAGGAGUAGCACUUUUGACAAGGUAAUUGAAUAUAUUUCUUGUUACAGGUAACUACUGAUAAUUACUAUGGUUACCCAGUUAAAGUAACGUGCCACCCAUACGGGUCUUUGGCUCCUAACCUGUUACAGUGGGGGAAAAAAGUAUUUAGUCAGCCACCAAUUGUGCAAGUUCUCCCACUUAAAAAGAUGAGAGAGGCCUGUAAUUUUCAUCAUAGGUACACGUCAACUAUGACAGACAAAAUGAGAAAAAUAAAUCCAGAAAAUCACAUUGUAGGAUUUUUUAUGAAUUUAUUUACAAAUUAUGGUGGAAAAUAAGUAUUUGGUCACCUACAAACAAGCAAGAUUUCUGGCUCUCACAGACCUGUAACUUCUUCUUUAAGAGGCUCCUCUGUCCUCCACUCGUUACCUGUAUUAAUGGCACCUGUUUGAACUUGUUAUCAGUAUAAAAGACACCUGUCCACAACCUCAAACAGUCACACUCCAAACUCCACUAUGGCCAAGACCAAAGAGCUGUCAAAGGACACCAGAAACCAGGCUGGGAAGACUGAAUCUGCAAAGUAAGCAGCUUGGUUUGAAGAAUCAACUGUGGGAGCAAUUAUUAGGAACUUUAAGACUAAACCCUUCUCCUCGACUCUGGGGCUCCACGCAAGAUCUCACCCCGUGGGGUCAAAAUGAUCACAAGAACGGUGAGCAAAAAUCCCAGAACCACACGGGGGGACCUAGUGAAUGACCUGCAGAGAGCUGGGACCAAAGUAACAAAGCCUACCAUCAGUAACACACUACGCCGCCAGGGACUCAAAUCCUGCAGUUCCAGACGUGUCCCCCUGCUUAAGCCAGUACAUUUACAUUUACAUUUUAGUCAUUUAGCAGACGCUCUUAUCCAGAGCGACUUACAGUUAGUGAAUACAUUUUUUUUUUUUUUUUUUUUUUUUUUAUACUGGCCCCCCGUUGGGAAUCGAACCCGCAACCCUGGCGUUGCAAAACGCCAUGCUCUAUCAACUGAGCUACAUCCCUGCACGGCCAUUCCCUCCCCUACCCUGGACGACGCUGGGCCAAUUGUGCGCCGCCCAUGAGUCUCCUGGUCGCGGCCGGCUGCGACAGAGCCUGGAUUCGAACCAGGAUCUCUAGUGACACAGUUAGCACUGCGAUGCAGUGCCUUAGACCACUGCGCCACUCAGUACAUGUCCAGGCCCGUCUGAAGUUUGCUAGAGUGCAUUUGGAUGAUCCAGAAGAGGAUUGGGAGAAUGUCAUAUGGUCAGAUGAAACCAAAAUAGAACUUUUUGGUAAAAACUCAACUCGUCGUGUUUGGAGGACAAAGAAUGCUGAGUUGCAUCCAAAGAACACCAUACCUACUGUGAAGCAUGGGGGUGGAAACAUCAUGCUUUGGGGCUGUUUUUCUGCAAAGGGACCAGGACGACUGAUCCGUGUAAAGGAAAGAAUGAAUGGGGCCAUGUAUCGUGAGAUUUUGAGUGAAAACCUCCUUCCAUCAGCAAGGGCAUUGAAGAUGAAACGUGGCUGGGUCUUUCAGCAUGACAAUGAUCCCAAACACACCGCCUGGGCAACGGAGUGGCUUCGUAAGAAGCAUUUCAAGGUCCUGGAGUGGCCUAGCCAGUCUCCAGAUCUCAACCCCAUAGAAAAUCUUUGGAGGGAGUUGAAAGUCCGUGUUGCCCAGCGACAGCCCCAAAACAUCACUGCUCUAGAGGAGAUCUGCAUGGAGGAAUGGGCCAAAAUACCAGCAACAGUGUAUGAAAACCUUGUGAAGACUUACAGAAAAUGUUUUACCUGUGUCAUUGCCAACAAAGGGUAUAUAACAAAGUAUUGAGAAACUUUUGUUAUUGACCAAAUACUUAUUUUCCACCAUAAUUAGCAAAUAAAUUCAUUAAAAAAAUUUUUUUCUCAUUUUGUCUGUCAUAGUUGACGUGUACCUAUGAUGAAAAUUACAGGCCUCUCUCAUCUUUUUAAGUGGGAGAACUUGCACAAUUGGUGGCUGACUAAAUACUUGUUUUCCCCCCACUGUAUACCUGUUCAAUGAACUGGACUUAGGUUAAUGCAUAUUUGCAAGCUAACCUGUACAACCCAAGUCUCAACUAGUGUUAGUCCUACCUAAUAGACCAUGUGUGGUUGUGGUCGCCCUGCAGUCAGAGCCUUCCAUCUGAAGUAUGACGAGCAGAAGAUGGACCCCAACGUUCAGAAGUGGGACGUGACCGUGCUGGAGCUGAGCCACCACAAGCGCCAUCUGGACCGGCCCAUGUUCCUGAAGUUCUGGGAGACCCUCGACAGGUGUGUUUUUGAAAGCGUGUGUGCUCGUGACGCAAUGGGGUCGAUAUUAAACCCACCUCUCCUCCGUCAUGUAACCUCUCCUCCGUCAUGUAACCUCUCCUCCUUUCCCUCUAUACUGGGCUAUAUUUUCAAUAAAAUGUCUGGGGAAAAAUACUUAAGGAAAAAGAGAGAGAAAACAUGUAAUGUGUAGAUGGUUUAUUGUACAUUUUAGCACUCAUGUACAUGGAGUUAAAUAGCCUAUCUGUAAAUGUUUCUACUUCAUAUUCCCUGGGGUUAGAAACAGUUGGGAUGUACAGUGUAUUUGAAUAAGAUGACGUUGUAGAAUGCAUGAGCUCCUUCUGACCACACAUUCUCUUCCUGUUCCACCUACAGAUACAUGGUAAAACACAAGUCCCACCUGAGGUUCUGA